AUGCACCUCAUCCCCAAUUGGCUGCAGUGGAGGGAUGGGCCCCUUUCCAAGCAGCCCUUGCAGGCUGCAGAGGAGGCUCUGAAGGAAGCCAAAGCCUUCACGGCCAGCAGAAAUGAAGAGCUUCAGCACGCCUCCGAGGCCCUGGUGCAAGCAAAGGCCGCUUUGACCCAGAGAAGCAAGGAACAAAAAGAAGGAGAUGCAGAUGUCGAGAAGACUGUUGCAGACAAGGAGCUGCUGGAGCUCUCGAAGAACGAGGCCUUCGAGGCCCUGAAGCUGGGCAGCGUAGCGGGCGCCGAGGCCAAGGCAGCCUUCAAGAAGCUGGAGCCGGCCUUGAAGCUCGUAGAGAUGGACAAGAGCCUGCGCACGACAGUGCCUGGAGUUCUCACCAAGACUCCGAGCGAACGGGGAAGCUUUGAUGGCACAGUCAUUGACGAGCUGGAGAAAAGCCUAGAGAGCAAGAUUGCUGAGUUCAAAGCCGCCAUCGCAGCAGCGCAGCCGGGAGUCGCCGAGCGCCAGGGCGCAGUGGAUGGAGCACAGAAGGAACUGGCUUCGGCUGAGGAGGCUCAGCAGAAGGCUUCCACUGCCCUGUGUGCAGCGAAGGAGGCACAAAAAGAGGCCUCCACCGGCGUCAGCAAAGCGAAGGAGGCGGUUGCAGCGUACAAGACGGAGUACAAAUCCGCCACCAAGACCAGAGAUGAGAAGCAGGCGGAGCUGCAGGACUUCGUGGACGGCAGCCUGGCGACGUUUCAGGAGCUGAAGCUCCGCAAGAAGCGCAAGGAAGCCAAGGUUGAGGAUGAAACCGCAGAGGUGGCUCAGGUACCAAGCUCGAGGGAGAGCUCUUAG